UGUAUAGAGGGCAGUGGAAAUAAAGAGAGAGUUAACGGGGAUCCAAGAAGUGGCAUGUUACAGCACCGCAACUUUUUCCUGGCUCUUCUUCUUCACGAUGUUCUUUGGGAUUUUAAUAAGAUGCGUGUGUGUUUCCCGAUAAGCAUCUUUCUCCUCGCCGUCAACUUAUACUGUCAGCUGCUGCGAGCUCAGGAUCCCUCCUGCUGCCAAUAUGCUGCUGAGUUAUCACCCUGUAAAGAAGCUUGUGACCAGCUUGCAACCAUCAAAAGUGAGUCACGCCUAAAGCAUCUCCUCCAGAGGUUACCAAAUUACUGUCCUGAGUCUCUGAAUGAGCUCUGGAUGUGCAUCAAUUCUACACUCCCAGGUGUUUCCAAGAAGUCCGAUGGUUGGGUUGGGCUUGGUUGUUGUGAGCUGGCCAUCGCAGGAGAGUGUCGUAGAGAAUGCAAACAGGCCUCAUCUAAAAAUGACAUAACAAAAGUAUGCAAAAAGGUCACCGAGAACUCUCUCUACAGCUGCAUCACCAAAAAUGAAAUGGGCUCGGCAUGUUGUGGUUUUGUGGGCCGUCACACCAACUGCAGGGACUUCUGCGAUGCCAUAUUCAGGACGGACUCGACGCCAACAGAAUCCCAGAUCAAGACCGUCAAAGACUUCUGCAAGAGUCACAGCCCUAAGCUCGUCGAAUGUGUUAACAACUUCACCGAGUCCUACCCUGCUCGCAGCCCCAUUGACAGUUUGUACUGCUGUGACCGCGCUGAAGCCCCAAACUGCCAGACGGCCUGCCGCCAUCUCCUCCGCACCAUGAAUACAGACCAAGAGAUCAUGGAGGGCCUUAUUAAGGAGUGUGGCACCCAGCCCCUCCCUCAGGAUCCAAUGUGGCAGUGUUUCCUGAGCAGAGCUCACCCUCCUUCCCCACCCGAGGAGGAGACCCCCCAUCCAGCCAAGAUGGACUGCGCCAAACUGCACUGCUGCUCAAAGGCAAACACAUCGGUCUGCAGGGAAAAGUGCCACCAGAUCAGCACCCACUGGGGCAGCCAGACAUGGCAAGACUUUGAUCAGCUGUGUGAGUACAACCCAAUGGAGAUGGAGCUCAUCAACUGCCUGGCAGAUGUCAGAGAGCCAUGCCAGCUGGGCUGCAAGGACCUGACUUACUGCACCAACUUCAACAACAGGCCCACAGAGCUGUUCCGUAGCUGUAACAUGCAGUCAGACCAAGGUGCCAUGAACGACAUCAAGCUGUGGUCCAACGGGACGAUCAAGAUGCCCUUCAUGAACAUCCCAGUCCUGGACAUCAGGAAGUGUCUGCCAAACAUGUGGAAGGCGGUGGCCUGCUCUUUGCAGAUCAAACCCUGCCACAGCAAAUCCAGGGGGAGCGUCAUAUGCAAGUCAGACUGUGUGGACAUUCUAACCAAGUGUGGGGAUAAGAAACGCUUUCAUGAAGGACAAACCCCAGAGAGGCUCUGUGAGGUGCUGUCUCCCAUCGAUGACCCUGAGCGCUGCAUCCCCCUCCACAGAUAUCUCACACAAAGUCCACUGAGCACCACCAUAGUGGAGGAGAUCAUCCAUCCAUGCAACCCUAAUCCAUGUCAAAGCAACCACUUAUGCCAGGUUAACAGAAAGGGCUGUCUUGAUGAAAUCAACUGUCAACCAUAUCUCUGUGUGCCAGGUUGUAAAAUGGGAGAGGCUUCUGAAUUUCUGGUGCAGCAGGACACUCUCAUCCAAGUUCCAACUCGUGAUGGAGCUCCCAGUUGCUACGAGAUGUGCAGCUGUGGCACCAGUGGGCGUCUGGAGAACUGCGUGGAGAUACCUUGUGUGGAAACAGACAAGGGCUGCAUUGUAGAGGGGCAACGAAAGAACCACGGGACGAGCUUUAGGACUGAUUGCAACACAUGUUCCUGCUUUGCUGGAGAAACAAUCUGCUCUACCAGGAAAUGUCCCACAGAAAGUGUCCAUUGGACUUCUACUGAUCUUCCCUGUAACUGCCCAUAUCGUUUCAUCCCAGUGUGUGCCUCCAACGGGCGGACCUAUCCCAGUGGAUGUGUGGCUCGUUGUAUGGGAUUCAAAGACCACCAAUAUGUCUUUGGCCCCUGCCAUUCCAUUAAACCUUGCUCUGACAUAACCUGCCAGAGGAACCAGAGGUGCAUCCCGAGGCGGCGUGUUUGUCUGAGCGACUCUUUGGAUUGUCCGCAGUAUGAGUGUGUUAGUCGGCCAGCAGUCUGCGACAGAAACAGCAUGGAGCCGGCUUGUGACAUUGAGGGCCGGGUGCAUCGCAGCCUGUGCCAUCUGCAGCAAUCCGGAAAGAUGCUGGCCUACAUGGGGCACUGCCAGGAGGCCUGCAAGAAGAAAAAAGAAGUCUGUGGUCACAACGGUGAGACGUACAACACGGUGUGUGAGGCCUUCUCUGACCGGGUGGCUGUUGACUACGAAGGCCCCUGUCGUGCCGUAGGGGCCCUGUCCGAUUUGGCUCUAGAUUCUGUGUGUAGUGAGGUGUCCUGUUCACCGAUAUCAAGCCCAGGCUGCCACCCUUUAAUCCCACCUGGAGCCUGUUGUCCUAUAUGUGCCAGCAUGCUGCAGAUCCUCUGGAGCCAGAAGCAGAUUAGCACUUUCUCAAAGCUGAACAGGAACCAGCCGGUGGCCGUCUACGACGUCCUGCAGAUCCUCCGGCUUCACAUCUCUGUGCCGCAGUGUGACGUCUUUGGCUACCUGAGCAUUGACAACAGGCUGGUGGUUCUUGUUGCCCCAGUGGACCACCAACCAACACUUCUGCAGGUUGAGGCCUGCAGUAAGGAGGCCGAGAAGAUCGAUUCUCUCAUCAACUACGCUAGCCCCACUCUGGUGUCCCACGUUCCAUUGUCCGCCUUCCUCAGCUCUGAGAUCAGGACUUCGUCCAUCCACUCUGGGGGCUCUCUGCUGGCACCUGUACCCAUGCUCCUCUGCUUCUGCCUGGUUCUCAAUAUCAUGGUGGCUCCCAGACUCCUGUAGCUUUAAGUGUUGAUUCUUCCUCCUGUUUUUUUCCCCAAAGUGCCCUGUUUCUGAGACUGUUUGGGUUGCCAUGGAAAAGGACAAGGAGACCAUUCUGACAAUCAUUCCUAUUGACUGCUGCGUCUUAAACAAUCAAGCUGGGGGAAAAAUUCUUAUUAUAGACCAUCUAUAAAGUAUUAUUAAUUGAUGAGUUACUCACUGGGUUUCCCCCUCAGUGGAGGGUGUGUGCGGGCGUGUGUGUCCGUGUGCUUGACCUCUAAGAAAUACCUAGCUUUAUAUCAACAGUGUUAUGUCAGGAACAGACUCUUUGAAAGGUGUUAAGGUUGAUGGCACACUCUUUGCGUGCAUGUGUGUGCAAGUGUGUCUGGUCGCGGAUCCAUAGAGGAAAAGUGACCUCAUCAUGUGUGUGAUGAAGCCUCAAUGUUGAUCACAUGUACAGCGCCCAUGCAUGUGACGUCUGUGUGGACCUAGUGUUUGAACCUCAGCAGUGUUAUGGACCGGUUCAGGUCCAGCAAACGGAUCCAGCCUUUAAAAUCAGACCCCAUUUCUGAUCAAACAAAGGUGCCCUAAAAUUAUGGAAUGCUUAAAGUGCCACAAAAUAUAGGGAGCAUAUACACACAAAUACAAAAUAUGCAAGUAGCAAUAAAUAGUAUCAAUAGAUGUAGAUACAGAAAGAUGUGUUAAAAAAAAAUUAUUUAAUGUCAACUAUUAGUUUUCUUAAGAAACAUGUUAUAAUUUUAUUUUAAUGU